AAAUAAUUUGAGCAUAAUGUAAACAACUGUUAAGUAUCAUUUUACUUAACAUGAAGAAAAUAAAACGACAUCUGUCGUUCACAUUGCGUCAAAGAGAACAGGACGAUGUGUUGGUGAAAAAAGACAAUAUUAGUCCACUUUUCAGCAAGAAAACUCACAGCAAACAUGAUUUCAGCAACCAGUUGCUCAUUCAAGAAAAUGAUGAAAACUUCUAUUUUCCCGUAACAAAAGACAACAAGAAUGCAAAAAGCUAUGACAAUCACAAGUUUUCUCUCUCCCCAAACUUUGCAUCAUUUAUACGCAGAACAUCGUCAAACUCACGACUUCUGUCUCCUCCGGCAAACAAAAAUGUUACAAAACCAAACAGAUCAAACUCAAAAAAGAGCUCAGAAAGUGAGCAAAGUGCAGAAAAGUCAGACUAUACGAAUCCAGGAUACAAGGAAGAAUCAAGCAAACCCAGAUCUAACUCUGCAAACGGAAAUCUGGACUUUAGAGUGAACCAAAUGCCCAACCCGGGUGCUUGCCAACUCAAGAAGUCCAGCUCCGUGAAAUACCCUGACAGCAGGAAACGUCCCACCACCCUCCAACGGAGCUUGUCAGUUGGAGCCGCGCAGCGGAAACACGGCCACGGCCACAACCUUGCUAACCUUAUCACUAACGGGUUCGGGUUGAUAGAGUCGUACACGAAGCUGGAGAAGUUAGGAGAAGGAACGUACGCGCACGUGUACAAAGGGAGGAGUAAUAUAACGGGGCUGCUGGUAGCGCUGAAGGAGACAAGUCUGGAGCAUGAGGAGGGGGUGCCCUGUACUGCUAUCAGAGAAGUUUCGUUGUUAAAGGGAUUGAAGCACGCAAACAUCGUUACUCUACACGAUAUAGUAGCACUUCCUAAAUCAAUUACCCUCAUAUUUGAAUACGUUGAGAGAGAUUUGAAACAGUACAUGGAUGCCUGUCACGGUAACAUCUGUAUACACAAUAUUAAGCUAUUCACAUACCAGCUACUGCGUGGUCUUGAUUUCUGUCACAGUCGGAAGGUUCUUCACAGAGAUCUCAAGCCCCAGAACCUGUUGAUAAGUGAGCGGGGUGACGUGAAGCUGGCUGAUUUUGGACUGGCGCGCGCUAAAAGCGUCCCCACUAAAACCUACUCACACGAAGUAUGCACAAUGUGGUACAGACCUCCUGACGUACUCCUUGGGAGCACCGAGUACAGCACGCCCAUAGAUAUGUGGGGUGUUGGCUGCAUUUUAUCUGAAAUGUGUUCCGGUAAAGCUUUGUUCCCUGGCUCCACCGUCGACGAAGAAUUAUAUCUGAUCUUUAAGACCAAAGGGCUUCCUACAGAUUCAACGUGGCCUGGAGUCCACAAAAUACCUGAUUUCAUCGCUGGCGACUGGCCAAAAAGUGAAGGCGACCCAAUCGAGAAACUUGGACCUAGGCUUUGUAAAGAUGGCGUUAAUAUGCUUGAUAGGCUACUGAAGUACCCACCAAGAUGGAGGAUAUCCGCGGGAGAAGCAAUGAAUCAUCCCUGGUUCUCCACCCUCCCCUCUAAUAUUCACUCUGCCCCUCACAAUAUUUCUAUCUUCAACUUCUGUGAUGUUGUUUUACAGUCAGACAGUCUGCUCCCUAGCCCCUUCGAGAGAAGCAGAGGCAGCGUCCGUGAGAAAAAAGGAAAGAAAUCCAAAAACACGACCACUGUCUGAAGAGAUUUCCUGAGUCACUUGAAGUUCCAGCUCAGCAGAGGAAAAGAAUUCCGCUCUUCUCGAGAAAUGAAAUCGGAAGAAAUUAUACGGAAAAUAGUGUCACGCAACAAAUUUGUCCGAAAGUGACCAUGUUACAUAGAAAAGAGAUGAUUGAUUCGUUUACAGUUGUAAAAACGUCUGUAUAGACAUAAGACAAGUUUAUUGAAAAAUUUGUUUUUUAGUUUCCAUAAUAAACGUUGAUUGACUGAGUAAGUUUUGUUGUUUUAAAAUAGUCCGUAUCAAUCGAUAUUGGAUAGGGUUGAUUUUUACCAUUUUACAAAAUCGUUCAUUGUUUAAGCGAAUUUUAUGAGGCAAUUAGUUUUCAUCAAAAUGCCAGUGCGAUCUUUUAAAAUAUCCCCAAUUAUAGAUUCUGAAGAAACUGAACGCUACAAUUUUUAUUGGGAUCUUCGUUGUGUUAGAUUUGAUAUAGACAUUAAUUUACAAUACUAAUUAUGUUACAGUUAGACA